GAUUUUUCGCAUGUGAAGAAAUCGAUUUAAGGAAUAUUUCGGAAGUUCUUUAGUUAAAUGUGUUUCACAAAAAUAAUGUAAAAUAUCCAUAAAUCCACUUGUGAAACUUGCAAAAAAAUGUGUGUAAUCUGCAAAGCUAUAAACUAAAUCUUAGAAAUAAAUGCAAUUAACGAAAUUUGUAUAUUCAAUUGGACAACUACUAGUAAAACAACAUAGGAAAUAACGAAAGAAAAAUUCAAUCAAUUGAGUUGAUACUAAAUCACGAAUUUAGUCAACAUGGGCACGGUGCUGAGUUUUAAUCCAAGGGAUAGACAUCCCAUCUAUUCGUCACAGCCCAAUUUUCCAUACAAUCAAUCCGCUGACUUGCAGGCGGAGAAACUCAACGAGUCUGCGGGCUCCAUCGAUUCGCAUUUGAAUAACUUCUCGUAUGAGCAGCUGAACAAUGCCAAGAACCGCGAGAAUAAAUCGGGCAAAUCCGGAAUAUCGUCGCAUCAAAUAUCGCGACAUGGCUCCGGACACAAUCAGAACAGCUGUGGGGCAAGCAUGCAAUAUAAUUCAAUGCACACGCAAAUCAAUUCGCACAACAACUUCAAUAAUCUGACAGUGUCGUCGAAGGACACGAUCAACAAUGAUUUGGACUCGCAUAAUGAGAACUCGAUUGUCAUCUCGGAGAAGAGUUCGAUUGAGAAGAGCUUGAAGAAGCACUCGCUGUUCAUCAAUGCGCUCUCAUGGAAGAAGCUAUCGACUUCGCAUAACAAAAAGAAGGUCGACAACAAGAACAAAUGCGCCAAUAUGCCGUCGGCCUGCUUUAAGGCUCAACUCCUGGAGGCAUCGUACUCCACAUCGGGGGCGGUGAAUGCGACAGCCACAGCUGAUAAGAAUAAGAAUAUCCAGCUGCAUUGCAAUCACAUCGAGGAGCAUCAGCAUCAGCAACAGCAUCACUGCAAUCAAAAUCAGGUCAUCAGGGAUUUGCCAUUCUUCCCCACGGCCGCCAAAACACAGAAGCCAUCCACGGCCAAGGAGCUGGGACGUGUCAACAAUACCAACUCGAUAACCAAUCACAACAAACUGAUCCAGAAGCAGCCUUUAACGUUGACACUGCCCCAGCAGUUGCAGGCUUCGUCGAUACAGAUCAAGAACACUAAUCAAAAUCACAUUCCACGCAAAACUGUCAUACAGGCUUCUACUUCGGAACUACUCAAAUGCCUGGGCAUGUUCUUGCACUAUCGUUGCCAUCGGUUAAACAACUUUGAUCCUGGCGACGCCGUCAUGUGGCUCAGGGCUGUCGAUCGUAGCCUCCUCUUGCAGGGCUGGCAGGAUGUGGCAUUUAUCAAUCCAGCAAAUGUUGUAUUCGUCUAUAUGUUAGUUCGUGAACUGGUCAACGGAGAGGAAACAAAGGAAUCUGAUCUUCAGGCAUCUGUGCUCACUUGUUUGUAUUUGUCGUAUUCAUACAUGGGAAACGAAAUAAGUUAUCCUCUUAAGCCAUUUUUGGUCGAGGACUCCAAAGAGAACUUUUGGGACAGAUGCCUGGUGAUCGUGAACAGAUUAAGCAAUAAGAUGCUUAAGAUCAAUGCAGAGCCAGCAUUCUUUACCGAAGUAUUCACUGAAUUAAAAUCAUGCGGUCAAUUUCAAACCAACUCGAAUCGAAGAUCAUCUUGCGGAGGCGCCUGACGGAAAGAUAACCGACAGGUUGUGGUCCGACUUUCAUUGUCUACACAUCAGCAGACUUUUCCAGAUAAAAUAAAACCAACAAAAUAGUGCUAAACAAUGAAAAAGAAACAAAAUACAAAACAAAACAAAACCAAAACCAAACAUAAACACUUCGUAAAUCAUUAGAAAAUUUCUUUAUGUCACCAUCACACUUGUUCAAAAUAAAAAUGUAAAGAUAUUAAAAGACAUUGUGCAAAUUCGGAUAAAAACAAAAAAAAAAACAAAACUAAAACUAAACUAACAAUUAUGAAGUGUAACGGCGUUGUGUUCUCUAUUUAAAUGGAAUGCAAUAAUGUUCAAUAAACUGAAUAAAAUCUUAAUCUUAAUGGUUUUCCAUUGCUCCAUUUCUAGCGAACAUUUUUUAGGAAUAAAAUGCAAACAGAAUUUCAGAAUUAUUAUUUUUAAUCACUAGAUUUUAUUAUAGUACAUUUUAUGAUCACACUGUUUUUAUGAUUGUUACUCGAUUUUAUUAUAUAGCUUACGAUCGCACUGCAUAAACUGUUUCACAUAUCCCCAAACCAAAAAUAAGAAAAUAUGUGCACAGCUUACAACGGAAAUAAUUAAGGGCCAAAUGUCUGGAUAUCUAGCAGAGGGCUUUAUAGCUAAGGACCCAACUAAAAUUGACAGCAUUAGAAUCUCCGAUAUUGCAACGGUCGUAUUUAAAAGUUUGUUUUCGAGCAUCUGUUCCUUGUUGGGCUUGAAGUAAUUGCAUUUAAAAACUAAAUGGAAAAGGACAGUUGCUGCCACACUUGGAAUUAACAGAUGAUCACGCUUUAGAAGCGGAAUCAUGCUAAAUACUGAGACUUCUAGGAACCAUAGCAUCUCAUUUGGCCACCAUUGAAAUAAACAAAUUGCUGGCAAAGCAACCAAUAAAAUUGACUUCUCGUGAACCUGCAGAA